GGAUGGGAGUCAGGGUUUCUAAAGUUCUAGUCUAGCUCUGCCAUUGACUGCCCAUGUGCCUCAUUUUCCCAGUCUUUGAAAUGAAGUGGUUACGGGAAAAGGUCUCUAAGGUCCUUCUAGUUCUGAUAUUUUAUCAUUCUGUGAUUCUGUGUCCCACGCCUAUCAAAAGCAUUUUGACUUUCUUUAAGUUGCUUAAGCCAGCAUUUCAGUUAGAGCGCAUCCAGGAGCUUGUUUCCAUGGGCUGUUGGGAACAGCAAGGCCUUGCUUCUCCAGGACUUGAUAUGUCUUCUGUUAACUGCUGACAGUGAGCCAUACCACCUAAAAGGCUCCCUUGGUAGCCUUAAAGAUUGAAAGGACAAAUGGACAGUGUUGAGAGCUCUGUGGAAGAGGAGACCUGAGAGACGUUGAUCAUCAUGGCCCCUUGGGAUUUGCAAAGAGGAAUGACUAGAACUGGGCCAUUCACUGCAGCCAGGUCAAAGGUCAGGUCAGGAAUGUGGACAAUGCUGGUGACUCCAGUUGCUUCCAAGAUCCGGUACUUACAGGAAUAUCAUAACCGGGUUCUCCACAACAUUUAUCCUGUACCUUCAGGAACAGAUAUUGCAAACACCCUGAAAUACUUUUCUCAGACCUUGUUAAGCAUUUUGUCCCGCACAGGGAAGAAGGAAAACCAAGAUGCCUCCAAUUUGACAGUGCCCAUGACCAUGUGUCUUUUUCCUGUGCCAUUCCCACUCACCCCAUCUCUAAGACCGCAGGUCAGUUCCAUCAACCCUACUGUUACUCGCUCCCUCCUUUACAGCGUCCUGCGAGAUGCUCCCUCUGAACGCGGCCUGCAAAGUCGUGAUGCUCACUUGUCAGACUACCCUUCUUUGGACUAUCAAGGCCUCUACGUGACUUUGGUGACUCUCCUGGAUCUAGUUCCUUUACUACAGCAUGGCCAACAUGAUCUUGGACAGUCGAUAUUUUAUACAACUACAUGUUUGCUACCCUUUCUCAAUGACGAUAUUCUGAGUACUUUGCCCUACACAAUGAUAUCAACAUUAGCUACCUUUCCUCCAUUUCUGCACAAGGAUAUUAUCGAAUAUCUUAGCACAUCUUUUCUACCAAUGGCUAUACUGGGUUCCUCAAGGAGAGAAGGCGUUCCUGCCCAUGUUAAUCUCUCUGCGUCAUCCAUGCUAAUGAUUGCAAUGCAGUACACAUCCAACCCAGUAUAUCAUUGUCAAUUAUUGGAAUGCCUCAUGAAAUAUAAACAAGAAGUCUGGAAAGAUCUUUUGUAUGUGAUAGCCUAUGGGCCUUCACAAGUGAAACCUCCAGCUGUGCAAAUGCUGUUCCAUUACUGGCCCAAUUUAAAACCUCCUGGGGCAAUAAGCGAAUACAGGGGCUUGCAGUACACAGCUUGGAAUCCCAUCCACUGCCAGCACAUUGAAUGCCACAAUGCAAUUAACAAACCAGCUGUGAAGAUGUGUAUAGACCCUUCCCUGUCAGUAGCUUUGGGUGAUAAACCACCCCCACUGUAUCUCUGUGAAGAAUGCAGCCAGAGGAUCGCAGGGGAUCACAGUGAAUGGUUGAUUGAUGUUCUUCUGCCACAAGCUGAAAUAUCUGCUAUAUGUCAGAAGAAGAACUGCAGUUCCCAUGUUAGAAGAGCAGUCGUCACCUGCUUUUCAGCAGGGUGCUGCGGUCGUCACGGAAACAGGCCUGUUCGGUAUUGCAAAAGAUGCCACUCGAAUCAUCACAGUAAUGAAGUGGGGGCCGCUUCAGAGACCCACCUCUAUCAGACUUCCCCUCCGCCUAUCAACACUCGGGAAUGUGGCGCGGAGGAGCUCGUCUGCGCCGUGGAGGCUGUGAUUAGCUUGUUGAAAGAAGCUGAGUUCCAUGCUGAGCAACGGGAAUAUGAGCUGAAUCGCCGGCGGCAGCUGGGUCUCUCCUCUUCCCACCAUUCCCUGGAUAACGCUGACUUUGAUAACAAGGAUGAUGAUAAACACGACCAGCGGCUACUCAGUCAAUUUGGAAUAUGGUUCUUAGUGAGCCUCUGCACACCCAGUGAGAACACACCUACGGAAAGCUUGGCCAGGCUGGUGGCCAUGGUGUUUCAGUGGUUUCACUCCACAGCGUAUAUGAUGGAUGAUGAAGUUGGAAGUCUGGUGGAAAAACUGAAGCCUCAGUUUGUCACCAAGUGGUUGAAGACAGUAUGUGAUGUUCGCUUUGAUGUCAUGGUGAUGUGCCUUCUUCCCAAACCAAUGGAAUUUGCCAGGGUUGGUGGAUACUGGGAUAAGUCCUGCAGCACAGUGACUCAGUUGAAGGAAGGGCUCAACCGAAUCCUCUGCCUGAUCCCCUACAAUGUGAUCAGUCAGUCUGUGUGGGAGUGUAUUAUGCCGGAGUGGCUGGAAGCCAUCAGAACAGAAGUCCCGGAUAACCAGUUAAAAGAAUUCAGGGAAGUAUUAAGCAAAAUGUUUGACAUUGAACUCUGUCCUCUGCCUUUUUCAAUGGAAGAGAUGUUUGGCUUUAUUAGUUGUCGGUUCACAGGAUACCCUUCCUCUGUGCAGGAACAAGCUUUACUGUGGCUUCAUGUAUUAUCGGAGUUAGACAUCAUGGUUCCACUUCAACUAUUAAUAAGUAUGUUUUCUGAUGGAGUUAAUUCUGUCAAAGAACUGGCAAAUCAAAGAAAAUCAAGAGUCAGUGAACUGGCAGGGAACCUUGCAGCUCGAAGGGUGAGUGUUGCCUCUGAUCCUGGUCGACGAGUUCAGCACAACAUGCUGAGUCCCUUUCAUAGUCCUUUUCAGAGUCCAUUUCGGAGUCCUAUGCGUAGUCCAUUUCGUAGCCCUUUCAAGAAUUUUGGGCACCCAGGAGGAAGGACUAUUGACUUUGAUUGUGAAGAUGAUGAAAUGAAUCUAAAUUGUUUCAUCCUCAUGUUUGAUCUUCUCCUGAAGCAGAUGGAGUUACAAGAUGACGGGAUCACGAUGGGUUUAGAGCACAGCCUAUCAAAGGACAUUAUUUCCAUUAUAAACAAUGUCUUCCAAGCCCCCUGGGGGGGCUCCCACACCUGCCAGAAGGACGAAAAAGCAAUUGAGUGUAACUUAUGUCAGUCUAGUAUUCUCUGCUAUCAGCUUGCUUGUGAACUCCUGGAGAGAUUGGCUCCCAAAGAAGAAAGCCGGCUGGUGGAGCCCACAGAUAGCCUUGAGGAUAGCCUCCUUUCUUCCAGACCAGAGUUUAUUAUAGGCCCUGAAGGUGAGGAGGAGGAGAAUCCAGCAACCAAGCAUGGGGAGAACCCAGGCAAUCACACCGAGCCCACGGAACCUGCUGCAAUAAAGAAUGAUACUGAAAGAAAGUUUUGCUACCAACAGCUUCCAGUAACUUUGAGACUAAUAUACACCAUUUUCCAGGAAAUGGCUAAGUUUGAAGAGCCAGACAUUCUUUUUAAUAUGCUCAAUUGCCUGAAGAUUCUCUGUCUACAUGGAGAAUGUUUAUACAUUGCUAGAAAAGAUCAUCCUCAAUUUUUAGCCUACAUUCAGGAUCAUAUGUUGAUUGCAAGUCUGUGGAGAGUCGUCAAAUCUGAGUUCUCCCAGCUCUCUUCGUUGGCAGUUCCUCUCCUUCUCCAUGCUUUGUCGCUUCCUCAUGGUGCUGACAUCUUCUGGACAAUCAUAAACGGCAAUUUCAACAGCAGAGACUGGAAGAUGAGGUUUGAAGCAGUGGAAAAAGUGGCUGUAAUUUGUAGAUUUCUGGAUAUUCACUCAGUGACCAAAAACCACCUGCUGAAGUACUCCCUGGCACAUGCCUUCUGCUGCUUUCUGACGGCUGUGGAGGACGUCAACCCAGCAGUGGCCACCAGGGCUGGUCUCCUGCUUGACACCAUAAAGAGGCCAGCAUUGCAGGGUCUGUGUCUUUGUCUUGACUUCCAGUUUGAUACUGUGGUUAAAGAUCGGCCCACAAUAUUGAGCAAACUUUUACUCUUGCAUUUUCUUAAGCAAGAUAUUCCUGCUUUGAGCUGGGAGUUCUUUGUCAAUAGAUUUGAGACGCUUUCUUUGGAAGCUCAGCUACAUUUGGAUUGUAAUAAAGAAUUUCCUUUUCCUACAACUAUCACUGCUGUAAGGACCAAUGUCGCUAACCUCAGUGAUGCGGCGUUGUGGAAGAUCAAGAGGGCUCGUUUUGCAAGGAACCGCCAGAAGAGCGUGCGCUCCCUGAGAGACAGUGUGAAGGGGCCUGCAGAAUCCAAGAGGGCACUCUCCCUCCCUGAGACCCUGACCUCCAAAAUUCCUAUGAGGUUGACCAGGCAUGAGCAGUCUGCUCCAGCUCUCGGUGGGACACCUGAACAGACGCCAGGACAACAAUCCCCUGAAAAUGACAACACCAUCAAGGACCUGCUCCCAGAAGAUGCUGGGAUCGACCACCAGACAGUUCACCAGCUGAUUACAGUGCUCAUGAAGUUCAUGGCCAAGGAUGAGAGCAGCGCCGAGUCAGACAUCAGCAGUGCGAAGGCCUUCAACACCGUCAAGCGGCACCUGUAUGUCUUACUUGGCUAUGACCAACAGGAAGGUUGCUUCAUGAUUGCACCUCAAAAAAUGCGCCUGUCAACUUGCUUUAAUGCAUUUAUUGCAGGAAUUGCCCAAGUUAUGGACUAUAACAUUAACUUGGGAAAACACCUUCUCCCCUUGGUGGUUCAGGUGCUCAAAUACUGCUCUUGUCCUCAGCUACGGCAUUAUUUCCAACAGCCACCUCGUUGUUCCCUCUGGUCCCUAAAACCUCACAUCCGGCAGAUGUGGUUGAAAGCCUUGCUUGUCAUCCUUUACAAGUAUCCAUACCGAGACUGUGAUAUCAGCAAGGUCCUGCUGCAUCUGAUUCACAUAACAGUCAAUACACUCAAUGCACAGUAUCAUAGCUGCAAGCCCCAUGCCACGGCAGGACCUUUGUACAGUGACAACAGUAACAUAAGCAGAUACAGCGAAAAAGAAAAAGAAGAAGAUAGUGUUUUUGAUGAAUCUGAUAUUCAUGAUACACCUACUGGACCCUGCAAUAAAGAGUCUCAAACUUUUUUUGCAAGAUUGAAAAGGAUAGGCGGCAGCAAAAUGGUGAAAUAUCAGCCGGUUGAGAUGAAUGUUCAGAGAAGUGAAAUAGAACUGGCUGAAUAUAGAGAAACGGGUGCAUUACAAGACAGCAUUCUACACUGUGUGAGAGAAGAAAGCAUUCAGAAAAAAAAGCUGCGCUCUUUAAAACAAAAAUCUCUUGAUAUAGGGAAUGCAGACUCCCUCUUGUUUACAUUAGACGAGCACCGUAGGAAGUCCUGCAUAGACCGAUGUGACAUAGAUAAGCCUCCUGCCCAAGCUGCUUACAUCCUGCAAAGACAACACGACCACGGACGUCCUAGACAGAAUUCCGCUACAAGGCCUGACAGUACGGAAAUCCCUGAGAACCCAGCUAUGGAAGGUUUUCAAGAAACUCGAAGGCCUGUAAUACCAGAAGUUAGGUUAAACUGCAUGGAGACAUUUGAGGUGAAAGUUGAUUCUCCAAUAAAGCCUACUUCUAAAGAAGAUUUAGAUCUGAUAGAUCUGUCCUCAGAUUCAACAUCUGGGCCUGAAAAACACUCUAUGCUCUCAACAUCUGACAGCGACUCUCUUGUGUUUGAGCCUCUUCCCCCUCUCCGAAUAGUAGAGAGUGAUGAAGAAGAGGAGGCCAUGGACCAAGGAAAUGAUGGUGCCUCUGGUAAAAAUGCUGCCUCUUCUCCUCCCGUCCCCAGCCACCCCUCUGUCCUCAGCCUAAGCACAACUCCCCUUGUGCAAGUAAGUGUGGAGGACUGUUCUAAAGACUUUUCUUCCAAGGACUCAGGAAAUAACCAGUCAGCAGGUGACAAGAACUCUGCUCUCAUAGCUCUGGAAGACCCCACAGACUCUGAAGAAUUAUCAAAGCCAGAGGAGCUGCAUGAGUUUUCCUGUGGCAGCCCGCUCACGCUUAAACAAAAACGGGAUCUCCUUCAGAAGUCAUUUGCUCUCCCCGAGAUGUCACUGGAUGAUAACCUGGAGCCCAGCAUGGAGGAAGAGAAGCCCGGUGGGCUGAUGCCAAGUUCAGGGGCAAAAACUGUCCUCCUCAAAGUCCCUGAAGAUGCCGAGAAUCCAAUAGAAAGUGAGAAGCCCGACACCAGUGCUGAAUCGGAUACAGAACAGAAUCCUGAGAGGAAGGUAGAAGAGGAGGGAGCUGAGGAAUCCGAAUUUAAGAUUCAGAUUGUUCCCAGGCAGAGGAAACAGAGGAAGAUUGCUGUCAGUGCUAUCCAGAGAGAGUACCUCGACAUUUCCUUCAACAUCCUAGACAAAUUGGGAGAACAGAAAGACCCAGAUCCCUCUACUAAAGGACUUUCAACUUUGGAAAUGCCACGAGAAUCCUCGUCUGCCCCUACAUUAGAAGCAGGCAUGCCAGAAACAAGCAGCCAUUCCUCAAUAUCAACUCAGUAUAGGCAGAUGAAAAGGGGAUCCCUGGGAGCUCUGACAAUGAGCCAGUUAAUGAAGCGACAGCUGGAACAUCAGUCUAGCGCCCCCCAUAACAUCAGCAACUGGGACACUGAACAGAUACAGCCCGGGAAACGCCAAUGUAAUGUGCCAAUAUGCCUAAACCCUGACUUGGAGGGACAGCCGUUGAGAAUGAGAGGCGCCACUAAAUCCAGCCUGCUGUCGGCACCCAGCAUCGUCAGUAUGUUUGUGCCAGCACCCGAAGAAUUCACAGAUGAGCAGCCGACAGUGAUGACAGACAAAUGCCAUGACUGUGGGGCCAUUCUUGAAGAAUAUGAUGAGGAAACCCUUGGGCUGGCCAUUGUGGUCCUCUCCACAUUCAUUCACUUAAGCCCAGACUUGGCAGCCCCACUAUUGCUGGAUAUCAUGCAGUCUGUGGGAAGAUUGGCAUCCAGCACUACUUUUUCUAAUCAAGCAGAAAGCAUGAUGGUGCCCGGCAACGCCGCGGGGGUGGCCAAGCAGUUCCUGCGCUGCAUCUUCCACCAGCUGGCCCCCAACGGCAUCCUCCCGCAGCUGUUCCAGAGCGCCAUCAAAGAUGGCACUUUUUUACGGACGCUGGCCACGUCCCUGAUGGACUUCAACGAGCUGAGCUCCAUCGCCGCUCUCAGUCAGCUCCUGGAGGGUCUAAAUAACAAAAAGAAUUUACCAGCAGGGGGUGCUAUGAUACGCUGUUUGGAAAACAUUGCCACCUUCAUGGAAGCUCUGCCCAUGGAUUCUCCUAGUAGCCUCUGGACCACAAUCAGCAACCAGUUUCAGACAUUUUUUGUCAAGCUUCCUUCUGUUUUGCCCCUGAAGUGUUCUUUAGAUUCCAGUUUGAGAAUUAUGAUUUGCCUCUUGAAGAUACCCUCUACCAAUGCCACAAGGAGUUUGUUGGAACCAUUUUCAAAACUGCUCAGCUUUGUAAUUCAGAAUGCCGUCUUCACUUUGGCCUACCUGGUGGAGGUGUGUGGCUUAUGUUACCGAGCUUUCACUAAGGAGCGGGAUAAAUUCUACUUGUCUCGCAGUGUUGUUCUAGAACUUCUGCAGGCCCUGAAGCUCAAAUCUCCUUUACCAGAUACAAACCUCCUUCUGCUUGUCCAGUUUAUUUGUGCAGAUGCUGGAACCAAACUGGCUGAGUCGACAAUCCUGAGCAAGCAGAUGAUCGCCUCUGUACCUGGAUGUGGGACGGCGGCGAUGGAGUGCACGCGGCAGUACAUCAACGACGUGCUGGAUUUCAUGGCGGACAUGCACACGCUGACCAAACUGAAGAGCCACAUGAAGACAUGUUCCCAGCCUCUGCAUGAAGAUACCUUUGGUGGACAUCUCAAAGUCGGCCUGGCUCAGAUUGCAGCCAUGGAAAUCUCCCGGGGCAACCACAGAGAUAACAAAGCUGUGAUCCGCUAUCUGCCUUGGCUCUAUCAUCCGCCUUCUGCGAUGCAACAAGGGCCUAAAGAAUUCAUCGAGUGUGUCUCCCACAUCCGUCUGUUGUCCUGGCUGCUCCUGGGUUCCCUCACUCACAAUGCAGUGUGCCCCAAUGCCUCCUCUCCAUGCCUGCCCAUACCUCUGGAUGCAGGUUCCCAUAUUGCAGACCAUCUUAUUGUUAUCCUGAUUGGAUUUCCAGAGCAAUCAAAGACCUCCGUGCUGCACAUGUGUUCCCUCUUCCACGCAUUCAUCUUUGCUCAGCUCUGGACUGUUUACUGCGAACAAAGUGCCGUAGCUACAAAUGUCCAAAGUCAGAAUGAGUUCAGCUUCACGGCGAUACUGACAGCACUCGAGUUUUGGAGUAGAGUGACACCCAGCAUCCUUCAGCUGAUGGCCCAUAACAAAGUGAUGGUAGAAAUGGUGUGUCUCCAUGUGAUUAGUUUAAUGGAGGCGUUACAAGAAUGCAAUUCAACAAUUUUUGUCAAGCUGAUACCUAUGUGGUUGCCAAUGAUUCAGUCAAAUAUCAAGCACUUAUCUGCGGGACUCCAGCUUCGCCUCCAGGCCAUUCAGAACAACGUGAACCACCACAGCCUAAGGACGCUGCCGGGCUCGGCCCAGAGCAGCGCCGGCCUGGCGGCCCUCCGCAAGUGGCUGCAGUGCACUCAGUUCAAAAUGGCCCAGGUGGAGAUCCAAUCCUCAGAAGCAGCCUCUCAAUUUUAUCCUCUAUGAGUGGACUCCUCGGCUCUCAGUGUCAACACUCUGGUUUAGCAAUAAUGGGUUUAAAAACAAAACAAUUUGAUCCAAGCAGGUUGGGGAACAUAUUGGUACUGUACAUUCUCUUUCUAGUUUAGUAAAAGACGUGCAAAGGCCGGAGAGGGCCAAAAAUGAAGCUUUCUUGCUACACAUAUUUCUGAUGACUCCUUGGGCUAUCUGAUUAAGUGUUUCCUUACAUUAUUUUUUAAAAACCAAAUCAUUUUUCUUUAACUAACUUCUAUUUUUUUUAAGAAAAAAAAAAUAGACUGGUGGGUACUCACAGAAAAGUUGUACAAGUCCCCCUGUUGCUAUUUUUGAUGAUAGAGAAUAAAUAGGGUUUUUGAAACCUUUGUAGUGUUUUUUCUUAAAAUCCACUCUUGGCAAUGCAAUAAAAAACCCGUCACCAUAAGCCAGUGACACUUGACUGAAGCUUUUUGUCAUUAUCCUGGGAAAAGUGGCAGCUUGCAAGGACCAUUACAAAGUGCACUUAGAAAUUAGGUGGUUAAACUGUGCCAAUUGUUUUCUUUGUUUUAUAAUAUCAUUUUCCAGAACUGUCCAGUAAGUUUUAUUAUUUUUAAAACUAGUUUUUCAACUCAUUAGUUCUAGGCUGUACUUUCUUGUAAGCUUUAUG